AUGCCUGUCGCUGCCGUCGCUGCGCGUCGCUGGGCAUGCCCGCCGCGCCUGCCCGGCCGCAGCGCGCUCUCGCCUCUCCGCCCGCAUCUGGCGCGCUGCCUGGCAAGCGACGCUGCGCCGCCCAAGCCGCACUAUGUCACCACGCCCAUCUUCUACGUCAACGCUGCGCCGCACAUCGGCCACCUGCACAGCAUCGUCCUCGCCGACGUCGCCUCGCGCUGGGCCGCCUGGCGCGGCGGGCCCGGCAGCCGCGCGCUCCUCGCCACGGGCACCGACGAGCACGGCCUCAAGAUCCAGCGUGCUGCCAGCGCGAAUGGAGAGGACGCCGCGGCGCUGUGCGCUCGAGUCAGCGGCACGUUCCGCGAGCUGGCGUCGGCAUGCGGCAUCGCGGAGCACGUCUUCAUCCGCACGACGGAGGAGCGGCAUCGCGUCGCCGUGCAGGCGCUCUGGACGCGCCUGGCUGAGCGUGGCCACAUUUACAUGUCCACGCACGCUGGCUGGUAUGCCGUCUCGGACGAAGCGUUCUACACAGCCGCCCAGGUGCGUGAUGCUACGCCCGACGAAGGCGGCACGGGCAAGGUCAGCAUCGAAACGGGCACGCCCGUCGAGUGGUACGAGGAGGCCAACUACAAGUUCCGCCUCAGCGCCUUCACUGCGCCGCUCGUCGAGUGGCUCGAGAGCACGCCGGACGCGAUCCUGCCGCCGUCCAGACACGCAGAAGUGCUCGCCGAGGUGCGAACAGGCCUCAGUGACUUGUCAAUAUCGCGGCCUCGCGCGCGCCUGGAGUGGGGCAUCCCCGUCCCGGACGACGCCGACCACAUGAUCUACGUCUGGGUCGACGCCUUGACCAAUUACCUCACCGUCACGGGAUACCCUUGGGCAGAGAGCGGAGCGGGAGAGGUGCCGGCUGGGUCCGCAUGGCCCGCAGACGCACACAUCGUGGGCAAGGACAUCGUCCGCUUCCACGCCGUCUACUGGCCCGCCUUUCUCAUGGCCGCCGGCCUGCCCGUGCCGCGGCACAUCGUGACGCAUGGGCAUUGGACGAUGAACCACUCCAAGAUGUCCAAGAGCCGCGGCAAUGUUGCCGAUCCGUUCGAGAUGCUGCAGCGCUUUGGCGUCGACGAGGUGCGGUGGUUCUUGAUGCGUCUCGGCGGCGGCCUCGCCGACGACUCGAACUGGAGCGAGAGUACGCUGAGAGAGUACUACAAGAAGUACCUGCAGGGCCAGCUGGGCAACCUGCUCUCGCGCAUGGUGGCGCCCAAGGUUCAGGCACGCCUCUUCGAGGACGAGCACGAGCAGGUGGCUGUCAUCAAGCGGCCCGAGCCGAGCCCGGCGGAUGAGAAGCUGCGUGGUCUGUUGAGCGAGGCGCCGAAAACAUUCGCUGCGCACAUGGCCGCGUAUGAGCUCGCAAAGGCGCUCGAGGUCGUCUCUGAGUUGUUGGCUGCGGCCAAUGAGCUCGUGGCGCAGCUCGAGCCCUGGCGGCCCAGCGCCGACCGCGACGCUGUGCAGCGAGCGCAGUACAUGGCGCUCGAGACACUGCGCAUCUCCUCAUGCCUGCUGGCUCCCUCAAUGCCGGAUCGCAUGGCGGCACUGCAGGCCUCGCUGCAGCUCGGCGCAGACGAGACGACGUGGCAGAGCUGCCUGGCACUGCGGCCCGAGGUGCGCGUCGAGCGCAGCGACGCCAAGGUCGCGCCACUCUUCCCACCCUUGCCGGAGCCGGUGCAGGUGCAGAAGCCGCAGCUCAGCAGCGCACCGCGCAAGAAGCUCAAGCAGCAGGAGCGGCGACAGCGGCAGGCGCGAUAA